AUGACUGGCCCAACUUUGUGGUCUUUGGCUACCAAUAGCGAGGUUGGUGCUGUUCUCUUCCGGCUCUCCACCCAAGUCGUGUCCUCAACUGGCCAGAUCUAUGUCACCGACGCGUCCAGCAUCACGUUCUCACAAUUCAUCUUUGACCAACCGACCGACAUCACCAUCAAGUACUUUGACGUCCCAAGUGCUACCCAAAGCGCUGAUUUGAGCCAACCGCCCUGGGAUACCACCUACUCGUACGAUAACCUGGACAAGUCGGCUCUCUCAGCCGAUUUUUAUGACCAGGUCGACUCGGGCGGCAACACGGUCACCCUCUCGACUCCAGCUUUCCGCGACCUUCUGCAGGACUGGGCAAACCAUAACUUCUUUACUGGCAACACGCUUGUUCUCUAUGUUUAUCAGCUAGGUGCCAAGUGCGGGUCAGGCGAUACCUGCAACAUCGUCACCAGCAACAGACCAACCAUCGACAUCCGCUACUAUGAGGUCUGCCCGUCCGCCACACCGCCGCCAAACAGCGCUAUCCCGCCCAACGCUAUCACCUCGAGUACCAACGCACCGGUUGGUGAUACUCUCCAAGUUGUCUGUAAUAGCGGAUUCUCCGGCGGCGUCCCGGAAUCGUGGUUCCUCAACCCAUCGGCAUCUGACAUGUUUGGCGGCAUCACCAUGUUCCUUACCAGGGUCCCGAACGCUGCUUCGUUCUUUGACGUCUCGCUCUACUCGUUUGAUGUCAUCCUCGAGUCGUACCCCAACCCAGAUGCAGUUGCCACUCGAGUCCACGUUCCGUUCAUCAUCGACACGGUCCGCCACGGCCUCGUCUUCAACUCGACGUUCUCGAACAAUACCGGCUACCACCCGGUCACUGUGGCGCGGUACGACCGCAGUACGGGCAACCCGGUCUCGACCGAGGUCCUGCGCAAGCACCUUCUUUACGUCGACCAUGGCUGCAUCCGCCAGGGCUACGUACUGUACAACGGGGUGUGUCAGGUCUGCCCGCCGGGCGCACACUGCCCGGGCGGCGAGCGCAUGUGGCCACUGCCUGGCUGGUGGUCACCAAGUGAGUUUACCAAGCCGACGCCGUGUCGCAUCCGGGCCGCGUGUCCGGGCGCGGUCGGCGGCGGCGGGCUUCCGCCCUUGAUCAAUCCGGACGGCACCCGCCGCACCGCAGUCUGUUCCUCCGAGUAUGAUGGCCAGUUUUGUGCCGAGUGUGCGGCUGCCUACUUUAUGGACAAUGGGGUGUGUCGGAGCUGCGGCUCGGAUGCGUCGGCCAACGCCGAGCUCACGGUUGUGCUCAUUUCACUGGCGGCUUUCAUUGGGACCAUUGCUUGGGGGCUUGCCACGCUCUCGGCCAAGCGAGUGGUGCUCAUUGUUUCGACGCUGGUUGUGCUCCAGCAGAUGGCUAUGGUCUCGCGGGUAGGCCUGCAAGAGCUCUCGGACUCGGAUACAUCGCCGGUGGUCGGCGGCGUCGUCCGGUUUGCAGCCAUCAUCAACUUUGAGAUCGAGACUGUUCGACCCGGGUGCUCGAUUCCCAAGAUCUCAUUUCCAGGCUUGUACUACGGCACGCUUGUGCUGCUGGCAGGCUCCUUGGCGCUGUUUGUCAUUGCGGCCGGCGCUUGGCGUGUUCUCGGCCGUGCUGCAUCGCACGUCGAGGCGCUGAGGUCGCAAACAGCAGCAGUGGGUGAGGACGCGUUGUCAACAGGCGUUGCCGUUGUCGGUGCCAUUUCGGCCUAUGCGGCUGUAUCGGGUCUCGACCGCGAUGCGGCCGAAGCGUCGUCCGAUCUCGACUCGAGCUCGCUGUCUUCUGCCGAGGAGCAAGCUGAAGCUGCCGCGAGACACGUCUCGACUGCCAUGCUCAUGCAGUCUCGCAUUGUCCAUGCCACCUUUAUUCUCGGCUCGCUUGCUUAUCUCCAGAUCGCUGUUCGCACACUCCAGGCAUUGUACUGCGUCAACACCGGCGAUGGCACGUCGCGACUUGCCGCCGACCUCACCAUAAUCUGCUACCAAGGAGCCCACCUCGGCCUAGCCCCACUCGCCUGGACGGUUGCUGUGUUCUUUUGUGCCGGCUUCCCGCUGCUCGGCUUUGUCAUCUCGCUUCGCCUCUCGCGCUCUGCUGACGGGCUCGAUCGCGACGUUCUCAUCGAGCGGUAUGGCAUUACCGUCCUUGUUCGUGAGGCCGGCUCGCGCCUCCUCGCGGCGGUCCUCAACUUUUGCCUCAACAUCAUUCUUGUUGCUGCCAUGGACCCUUUUCUCAACGUCUACCACACCGCGCUCUCAUACGCGGUGGGCGUGCUGUCAUGCGGCCAGAUCCUGUACUUUAUCCACCGUGAGAACCGAGAGUACUUUGUCAUUGGUCUCGGCGUGGUCUGUGGCUCGCUUGCCGUCGCGUUUUGCCUCGCUGCUUGGCGGUUCUCGCGUUGGCGCGGGAAGCGCGUUGGUCCUGCCCGGCAUGUUGCCAGUCUUGAUGAAGUGCCACUCGAAUCCAAAGCUACGCAGUCUGAGUCGAUGUCUACAGUCCACGACUCGGACGUGUCUGUCGCUGAUAUUCCGUUGUCCCCUACUUCGCCUACCCGUGGCGGUCCGCUGCGGUCAGCGUUUGUGACGCGCUCGCGUGCAAACUCGGACAGCUCGCGGCUGCAGCGUGUCCCGUUGUCUCCGGUUACGACGUCUACGACGGCAACGGGUCGUGUUUUCCAGACGACGACAACUGCUUCUCACGGCGUCGCUCUGUUCAAGAUCUCCACGCUCCUGCGCGUCCCCUUCUCUCUCCGCGCGCGCGCCGAACAGCGUCACGCCGCAAUGUGGCCCGGUCCCUGA